UUUCCUUAACCGCCAGUUCCAAGUACAUUUGAGGAAACAAUUUACCAAUUAAAACUGUUGAUUUCCUGCAACAUAAUCUCGACUCAUUAUCAACCUCUUAAAACGCUAUCUGAGAGUCAACCUACGUGAGAAUUGACAGCCCCGAUAAUUCCGAGGCGAAAAAAAGGCGAAUGUCUCGUUUGUCUCCCGUCAGUCGGUGCCUUGAUCCAUUCGAAAAUCUCCGAGCUCAGGGAGAAUGGCUGCUACCGAAGAGGCUCAAUCUAUCGGCAAAAAAAUCCUAUCGAUUGUCAAUUUUGUCAAUCACGUCAUCGUGCUCUCGGUGACGGGCUUUAUCCUUUAUCUCGCUGGAUGGGAAUUAAAUGUGACUAGUGUUCACGCUGGACUCUGCACUGUUGGAUACGUUCUCCUAAUGUCCGAGGGUUUGAUGGUGCUAACAUCGGAGAGCCCCUUAUCACGUCAAUUAAAAAGCUACAAGACAAGAAGUCACGUACACUGGUGUCUUCAAAUACUGGGCGCAUCGUUCACCAUUGCCGGCACCUCAAUCAUCUAUCUGACAAAAAAAAACCACUUCAGAUCUGUCCACGGUAUCUUGGGUAUAACUUCUGUCGCUAUAAUGAUUUUCCUUGGCAUCUCCGGUGCAUCUGUUUUUUAUGCGUACCAACUGCGGAAGAUUUUAAAGCCCGUUGGUACUAAAGCUAUGCACAAUUUUCUCGGUAUUGCUUGUUUUAUUAUCGGCAUUGUGUGCCAGUGUUAUGGAUAUAACAAGAAAUGGAUGACUAAAAAAUGUGGCCAAGAUGUUGCUACAUUUUGCAUUGUAUUAACUGCUAUCUCCGCUUUAAUAUGUUUGCAUCGACCUUUUGUGUCGCUGUAUCGACAUGGGUCCGCACUAGUUUCGCGGCGUUAAAUUUCUCGGAAUGUUAAUACUCCGAGACUUGGGAAAGUUUUAAAAUGUUCCCGAAAAUUUUUUAAUUUAUUUAUUGCAACAUCAACGCGUGGUAAAAUGCGAGUGAUUCAUUGCUUAAUUUAUUCGUUUACUGAUGUUUUUUAAUAUCGGACGAAAAAAUAGCCUUCAAAGGCCAUUGAUGUCGAGCAGUCGAGGCUAAGUCAACAGACAUAAGGGCAGGUCUUCAGUAAAUAUAACUAAUUGAGGGGGAGAUUCUCAUCGAGAAGUGUCAGGAGGAAGAAAUCAAUGAAUUAUUGUACUCAAUCAACGGAGCAAUUAGCUCACCGAGUGUACCUUGAUGUAUUCUGCAGGCGAUAUUAAAACAUUAUUCGAGA